UGCUAACCUAGAAAAAGGUUAUGCAGAUUCCGCUCGACUCGCAAGCUAAAAGCACUCACUCGUGUUGGAAUGUUUCCUACUAAUUAAUCAGCAUAUGAACACUAUGAAAAAUUUCCUCAUACUUUCAUAAAUUAAUCGGAGUUAUUUCUUGUUAAAUACUAUGAUUUAAAACUUUAAUCAUGUUAAGUUCCACUGCUUCUGAUAAUUUGGCGUGUACGGAUGAAGUCAAGGUCUAUGAAGAUGAAGGAGAGGAAGAAGAACAACAGAAAUCAUCUGAAAAUCUGACAGAAGAUAAAGUCAGACUGGUCAUUGAGAGCGAAACUCAAAUCCCAAAGAUAUUCGACUUGUUCGGUAGAAAUGGUGGAGCAUCUUCGUUAUUCAAAAUGCCAUUUCCAACUGAUCCACGUUUGGCUAGUUACUUUCUACCUGGUUAUCCAGCAGCAAUUGCUGCUGCUAUGGCAGCUGUUAACGCUGUCUCCUGUGCUACAUCACCAGCAGCAUCAUCAUCAUCAUCUUAUUUAACAACAAGUUCACCAUCCUCCUCCUACUCCUCCCCUACAUCAUCAUCAACAGCAUCAACAUCAUCGUUAUCCUUAUCGUCUAUAAUUAAGCCAACUUCAUCUGUAUGGAAUAUGCAUCCAACUGGAAUUAAUUCAUCAUUUUGGCCAACUGGUGGUACACCAGGUGUACAAACCAGUGGAAGUGGAGGUGGUGGUAGUUCAUCAUCUACAUCAUCUGGUUAUGCAAGUUCUGAAGGCAGUGGAGGCGGAGGUGGAGGCAGUAGUACAAAUGGUUCACAUUGGUUCCAGUCAGCAAUAUCACCUGGUGGUGGAUGCUUUAACAACACUGGUGUCAGUAAUGGUUUCAAUUUCUCUCCAUAUCAUCAGCACCACCAACAGCACCAGCAGCAACAACAUCAACCUUAUUAUUAUAAUCCUCGUCAAAAUAAUAAUAAUAAUUUCAGUCAAAAACAUCCAUUGCAUCAUCAAUCGAACGAUGAAGAGUUACUCACACGAUUACAAAGAGAGUCGUCACAUUUUGAAAGAUCAUUAUAUUUUGCAAAUAGUCAUAAUAAUAAUAAUUCAUUAAAUAUGCGAAAUUCUAAUAUUGAUUACAAUCUAUCUGGUCACUUCUCUGGAUUUUCUAAUUCUCAUAAUAAUGAUAAUAAUCAUAAUGACACCGUUAAAGAGUCAACGGGUUUAACCAACCAGUUCUCUUCAUGUGUUCCCAACCCAUUUGGUUUAAUUCCAUUCUAUGAUCCAUUUGGAUGUAGUGCUGCAGCUGCAGCAGCGGCAGCCGCAGCCGCAGCGGCGGCCGUAGCAGCAGCAGCUUACUCUUCCUCCUCGUCCUCCUCGUCCGCAUCAUUCACAUCAUCGUCAUUACAAAAGACACAAACUGAUACUACAACAUCUUUAUGCAUAGAUAAUAAUAAUAAUAAUAAUAAUAAUAAUGUACAACUGUCGGCUAAUUCAAAGUACAGCAAGAGAAUACCAACACUGAAUGGUUUCAAUGCAUGCAUGCAUAAUGAUACUGAUCAUGAUGAAUAUGGGAGUUCAAGACACAGGAUCCCUGUAAACAAUGAUACUAUUGGUCGUGAUGACAAUAGACUGGAUUCAUUGUCAGCAUUGUAUACAAAUGCAUAUAAUAGACGACAUUCAUCUCCGUAUAGUCUACAUCCUCAACAACAACAUCCUUCUGACCAUCAACAACAACAACAACAACAACAACAGCAUCAUCAUCAGUACUCAAGAGAUUUAUCUUCUAGUCUGAGUAUGUUAAAUCGUCAACCUGAAGAAACAGAUGUAGCCCUUGAAUUAUCGUUAAGAGAACAUAACCAAUCACCAGUACCAAUAUCUCGUUCUCGUUCAUUGGAUGCUUCAGUUGACUCACCUAAACCAUCAUCUGUUGUUAAUCAAUUAACAUCAACAUCCGGACAGAUAUCGUCUCCUGGACCACCUGUUCAUAACAUGAAUAACAAUAAUAGUAAUAAUAAUCCUCUAUCUCCAUCGACAUCGUCGAAUUUCUAUGCAGUAGCUGCGUGUGCUGCUGCAGCUGUCGCCGCAGCUGUAGCUUCAUGGAGUGGAGCAGGUUCACCGAGAACACCAGGCAGUAGAUCACAACAUUUCACACCGAAUCCCCAUCAACACCAACAUCAGCAUCAAACAUCACCAUCUUGUACUAAUAUAUUCCCUUUGAGUCCAUCGACACCAGGGAAUAAAUCUGCCUUUUUAAAUCAUUUCCAAUCAGUUAAAUCUCCUGGUGGUGGUGGUGGUAUUUGUGGAAUACCAUCCUCUCCGAAGUUAUCGUGUCCAGCGUUAUCUCCAGCGGCAUUGUAUCAAAGAUGUGAGAGUAAUACUAACAAUAACAAUAAUAAUAACAGUGGUAGUCGAACUUCUACUGGAAAUAAUUCUGCUGCUGCUAGUCCCUAUUCUCCAAGUAUGUUUGCUGCAGCAGCAGCUGCCGCACAUAUGCAGUUGUUAUCUGCCGCAGCAGCAGCGGCCUCGUUCAACUCGAAUUUAUCAUCAUCGUCAUCAUCAGCAGCAGCAGUUUCGUUGGCUAAUAGUAGUAAUACUGCUGGUUCAGUGCAUACAGCUCAAGCUGCCACUCCUACUGCUGUUACUACUACUUCUAUUACCAUGGAAGAUCCAAGUCGUGGAAUCAAAUCGUCUGAUUUACUGGCAAGUCAGUUACCCACUGGUUCUUCAUCUUUCCAGAGUAGAAAUUGUAAUGACAACACUAAUGAUAAUAGUAAUAAUGAUUCACUAUCGGAUAGCUGCUUAUGGAGACGUCAACAGGCUGCGGCUGUUGUAGCAGCUGUAGCUGCAAGUGCUAUGCUAGGAAAUUCCUCCCCAUCAUCACCGCCGUCAUCCUCGUCGAUUUCUUCUCUUCCUGCUAUUAGUGCUGUUGUCGAUAGUAGUAAUAAUAGUAGUAGUAGUGGAAAUGCUGUACGUGGUACUACUAAUAUAUCUUCAAGUUUAUGGCCUAGUCGAAGUCAUCUGUUCAAUUCGAGAUGUCGAGAUCGUCGAAGCUAUGAAUUUGUAAAAUCUCUAACGAAAUCAAGUAACAGUAGUAGUGUCAAUAGAAGUAAUCAUAAUAACAAUAAUGAUGAAACAAUUCUUGAUUCAUUUAAUGAGAAAAUGAAGAAAUCAAAUCAUUUAUUCAUGUCAUCAUCAGCAACAUCAUCAGCGCUAGGGAUGUCUACAACGACACCUUCAUCAUCAAAGGGUGGUAUGCAUAUCAAGAAACCAUUGAAUGCAUUUAUGCUGUUUAUGAAAGAGAUGCGUACACGUGUACAAGAAGAGUGUACACUGAAAGAAUCAGCGGCUAUUAAUCAAGUAUUAGGCAAAAAAUGGCAUGAAUUAUCUAGAGAAGAACAGACAAAAUAUUAUGAAAUGGCAAGACACGAGAAAGAAUUACACCAACAAUUAUAUCCAAAUUGGUCAGCACGUGAUAAUUAUGCCUAUCAUGCUAGACGGAGGAAACGUCGACGACAUUUAUUUCACAAGCAUGGUAUACACAUUAGAGGAACACGAUAUAGUAAUAGUAGUAAUAAUAAUAAUAAUAGAUCUGGAACAAUUGGAUUACGUGGUGCAGCCACAUCAGAUAAAUUAGUGUUAAUGAAUCAUUCAAAUAUGUUGGAUAAAUUAAAACUGGAGGGAAGUAAAUCAUCUUGUCAACAAGGUGGUGGUCAACAACGCCCACCACCACAACAACACCAACACCGGUUACGUGUUCAUGAUCGAUCUCCAACUGGGAAAUAUUAUGCUGAUGAACCAUUAUCCCCUCUGGCUAUGAAUCGUCCAAAAAUACAAAUCACUAAUAUGCUUGAUGAUGUUGUCAACCCCAGUAAUACUAUUACUAACAGUAAUAAUAAAUGUCUGUCUCCUCUUCCACCAAUUCUAGCACCGUCUACCACCCACUCGGAAUUAUCCUCUGACCAACAAACAUGCAUGAAAUCGAAUUCUCCGAUAUAUAGAAAACAAAAUUACCCAUUCCCUAUGACAGCAACAACAACACCAACGACAACGUCAUUUUCAUUAUCAUCUCCCCCGCCAUCAUUAUCAUCUACACAGUCGAAUGUUGUCGCAACAGCACAUACUCUGAAUAGUCCUCGUUUACUGACAACAAUCCCUUCCAUAAUUGAUACAGAUGACAACUUAUCAUCUGCAAGACAACAUAAGAAAGGAUCUAUUGAUGCUUUGACCUCAGUAGUAUACAAUAAAACAUUACUGAAUGGUGAUAGUAAUGAUGGAAGAAAUAAUAAUAGUGGUAAUAAUUUCACCUCAGAAUUCCUCCCCUUAUCAAUGAAUAAUUUCAACACUUCAAGACAACCAAUGAUUGAUGCAGGUCAUCGUCAUAAUCAUCAGACUUCUGGAGAUGCGAUACAUCCUUUCUCUCUUCAUCAUAACAACAACGGGAGCAGCAACAAGUCAGAUAAAUUUCGAACAAUGUCUAUGCUGAAUGGCAAAUCUGUCCUGAGUACAAACAAGUUGGAUUUACAAUCAAGUAAUAUGAGUGCACCAUCUGUAGCCACCACGUCGUCAACAGAAAAUAUCGCCUCUUCGGGGAAAUUCUUUCCUCGAGAAAAUCAAUUAAACACAGGCUAUAAGGAUUCAAUAAAUUCUGCUCAUAGAGAUUUUCUUUUCCCGCCUCUGCCUUCUCAUCAUCAUCAGCAGCAGCAGCAAUCGAGUAAUAAUAAUAAUAAUAAUCAUGAUGCAUCCAGCUUAUUUCAGCAUUCCACAACUUUUCCCUUCUUACCUUCUGAAUUGUCGUCUAACAGAGUAGAUAUUUCUUCAUCAUUCUGUCCAACCAGUACUAAUACUACUACUACUAUUACCACUAAUGAUUCGCCUUUUCUGUCUGUAUCUUCAUUGACUGGUUAUCAUAAAACAAUGCAUUCCAAAGAUCAACCCGCCUUUUUCCCAUCUAAAUUUACUGGAACAAUGAAUUUAUCUUCUGAUAUAAAAAAUAAACCUCUACCACAUUCAUCAUUAUUACCCGGUGGCGCAUAUCCAUCGGGUUAUCGUUCCCCACCCAGCUUUAUUAACCAGUCAUCGUCAAUGCCAACAAAUUAUUCAAAUUUUCCUGGUCCAUUGCCUUCACAUUUCAUGUCUACAUUUGGUUUCACCAAUCGACAUCAUAAUUCAUCAUCUUCUUCUAGAAGUAUCGGUGAAUUACUGUCUGAUAGCCAGAUGAUGAAAAAAAAUCUGAAGAAUACGUCCAAUUCGCAUUCAUCUGUGUCGACUAACGUGGCCGCAGUGGCUGCAGCUGCAGCUAUGGCAGUUGGUGAAUUGUCUGGUGGGAAUUUGAAAAAAUGUCGGGCUCGAUUUGGUCUAGAGCAUCAGAAUAUGUGGUGUAAACCUUGUCGUCGUAAAAAGAAGUGUAUUCGAUUCAUCUCUGAAGCGGAUGCAGAAGAGUUUGCACACAGUGGAUCCCAACAGACAGCAAGUCAAUUAUCAUCAACAAAUCAAAUUGCUCAUUUCGCAAGACAUGGAAGCCUGACUAGUUUUAUGGAUCCAUUUCUACAUCCUAUGCAUUCAUCGCAUCAAUCUAAUCUGUCUAAUCAUUCAAGUAAACUUCAUUCAGCAUUACCUUCAGGAUUUCUAUAUCCAUCAUUGAAUUCAAAUAAUAAUAAUAAUAAAAUUAAUAAUAAUAAUAUCGGAGCUGGUGAAAACACUUCACUGUCUAGUUUUAAUUCACGAUUAAAAUCUCACCUGAUGUCAGAAGCUUAUAACACUGGUAAACCGUCUGCAUUUAUCCAUCCUUCACAGUCAUCACGUUCAUUAAAUCCUGUCUUGAAUUUACCGCCUUCAUUUUUAAUGACGGAUUCGUAUAAUUCACGUAAUUCAACAUUUGAACAAUUGAACGCCAAAAUGACACCACCACCAACAUCAUCAUCAGCGUUACCAUCGUUUUCUUUGCCAAUUCCUCGAUCAUCUUCACUUACUAGUCAUGCAUCUCAAUGUUUACCCAACUGUAAUAAGUCAAGAAUACCAGAUAGAUUCAACAACGACAACAAAGAUUUUCUUGAAAAAUCCAGUUCACAAGAAUUAUGGAAUAAUAAUAAUAAUGAUAAUGGUUUGAAUAACUUCUAUCCUAAUUGGUCACAAUAUUCUUCAGCUUUUAAACUGUCAUCCUCAGUAAAUCCUCCAGCUGCUCCUCCUGAAACACUAGCUUCUAUCUCUCCAAAAUUAAAUCCAUUUGAUUUGAAUACUUCACAUGGCCGACUUAGUCAAUUGCAUACAGUCAAUAAGUCUGAUAGCGGCGAUACUAUCGAAAGGUUUAAACCGUCGUUGUCGACAUCAUUACGACCAAAUCAAUUUAGCGUUGAAUCUUCUCUAGCAUUCAAUGAUGGUGAUUCGUCUAGUACUACUACUACUACUACUGCUACGAUGACUACGACUAGUAGUUGUGCCGGCGGUACUAAUACAAACAGUGAUGAUAUGCUGUGGACGUCUAUAAAGUAUUCUCCAGAGAAUAAUUCAAAACAUUCGUUAUUCAGUUGUUCCAAUUUUAUGUCAACAUCAAGUGGUGUAGAAACAUCCACCUCUGUCACCGGCGCCGCCACCGCUUCCUCCUACUCGUCAUUAUCAUCAGCAUUAUGUACAGAACCGAUUAAUAUGAAGUCGGUUACUGAUAGUCAUUCUGUAGAAGAAACUGGUAUAGAUACAAAUUCUAUUGAACCUCCUAAUAAACGUAUCUGUUGUAAUUCAUCAACUGAUGCUAAUAAUAAUAAUAAUGAGGGUGAUAAUGAUAAUAAUGACAAAAAUGUUAUACAGACGAGUUCAUCAAAAUCAUGCCUGGCAUUUACAUGUACAAAUAUUAGUAAUAGUAGUAGUAAUUCUAUGAAUACUAAUACUAAUAAUGAUAAUUUAGCAUUCCAUAGUGAUAAAAGUAAUAAUAUUGAUAAUACAACUACUGACACUUCUACUACAACUACUCCUGCCUCUACUACUGGAACAACAACAACAUCGACAAAUCGUGAGUCUGUUCGAUUCGGUGUAGCUGAUUUUAUGGGAAUCAACGACAAAGAUGAUAAUGAUGGCGAUGGGGAUGCAGGUGAAGAUGACAAUGAGGAUAAUGACGAUGAUGAGGAUCCCUUAGUUAUUGUCGUCGAUAACGAUGAUGGUAAUCACAAUAAGAAAACGCAUGAUCCUGAUAUACUGACUACUUGAUUAGGUGUGUGUGUCUAAUAUAUCCUUCCAUCCCUUUAAAUUGACAUUUACAUAUAUAUAUAUAUAUAUAUAUA